AUGCGAGCGCUGGGCUACCCCCGGUCGGUUUCCAUGGACAACUUCCGGGCCCCCAACUUCCAGCUCGUGGCGGACGUCUUGUAUUGGAUGGUGAAGCGCUACGACCCGGACAUCGCGGUUUCUGACAACAUCGAGAGCGAGAACGACCGUGUCGACUUCUUGACCGGGGUGGCGGAGGCGAUGCUGAACAAGGCCCACAUCAAGCUCAACGCCAAGAGGCUCUACGCCGCCGAUGGGCACGCGGUCAAGGAACUGUUGAAGCUCGCGACUCUGCUGUACAGCGCCAGUCGGGUGGAGCAGAACGACACCGGCGGCGGAGGAGGAGAAGGCGGCGGCGCUGCCUCUUCGACGUUCGCGGACGAUGAAGCUGAAGCCCCGCUCACUUCACAGGCCGUCUCGGGGAGCCUGGGCUCAACGCGAGAGAGCGAGCUCAUCGAAUCCGGGGGGCGGGAAAUAUUGGCGCGAUCAAGGGACAACAUUGCCGCUAUGCGUAGGCAGUGCGAGGACCUAGAGGCGGACGAGGCAGAGCUGAACGCCAAGAUCAAGAAGAAGAGGAACGAGUUGGAUAGGGGAGAAAAACGCCUCAAGUCUCUGCAGGCGCACCGCCCGGCGUUCGCCGACGAGCUGGACAAGCUUGAGGGCGAGCUGCGUCGGUACUACGAGGUGUACGUGGACCGUUUCCGCAACCUGGACUUCCUGGAGCACAACCUGGAUCGCUUCCACGAGUCGGAGAUGGAGGAGCUGGAGGAGUACGAGAGGAAGCGGAAUCGGAACGCGGAGAGGGUGCGGCGGGAGCAGCUCAAGCAGGUAUCCCUGAACGACUCUGACGACACGGGUUCUUUGAUCGACGAGGACGACGAGAGCACCGAGGACCAAGCUUCCCGCUCCUACAGCGACAGCAACGACGACAACUUUUGA